AACGGGGGAAAGUCGCAUGCGCGCCCGGCGCGCUGGGGGAAGGCGGCCGCGAGGGGAGGGGCGAGUGCAGAGCCCGGCCGGCCGCCGAGCCCCGCGCCCACGACGCAUGCGCCGGGAGGCAGCGCAAUCACGGACUCGGCUGGCGGCUACCGGCUGGCGAGAGGAAAGCCGGGACGGCGAGAGCGCGAAGGAACUCAGGCCGCCGCCGCCGCGCGCGCGCUCCCGUGAAAGAAAAGCACAAGAAGAAACUUUUACAGGCGUUGUUGAUUUGACUAGGGCACUGAUCCCCGAAAUCACCGGCAAGAGUUCUGAUGGUCAGUCACACAGAAGACAGCCUCACGUCCGUGGGUGUUGGAGACUCCAUUCUAAAGAUAUAAAAAGUGAAAGAGGAGAAGUACAAAUGUCUGCCACAAGACGAAAACAUAAUGUGUUAUGUUGUUUACCGUAAGCUGUAGUAAAAUGAGCUCAAUUGUUGACAGAGAUGACAGUAGUAUUUUUGAUGGAUUGGUGGAAGAAGAUGACAAGGACAAAGCAAAAAGAGUAUCUAGAAACAAAUCAGAAAAGAAACGUAGAGAUCAGUUCAAUGUUCUCAUUAAGGAGCUGGGCUCUAUGCUUCCUGGUAACGCUAGAAAGAUGGACAAGUCUACUGUUCUACAGAAGAGCAUUGAUUUUUUGCGCAAACAUAAAGAAAUCACUGCACAGUCAGAUGCUAGUGAGAUUCGACAGGACUGGAAACCUACAUUCCUUAGUAAUGAAGAGUUUACACAAUUAAUGUUAGAGGCUCUUGAUGGUUUUUUUUUAGCGAUCAUGACAGAUGGAAGUAUAAUAUAUGUAUCUGAGAGUGUAACUUCGUUACUUGAACAUUUACCAUCUGAUCUUGUGGAUCAAAGUAUAUUUAAUUUUAUCCCAGAGGGAGAACAUUCAGAGGUUUAUAAGAUACUCUCUACUCAUCUGCUGGAAAGUGACUCAUUAACCCCUGAGUACUUAAAAUCAAAAAAUCAGUUAGAAUUCUGUUGUCACAUGCUUCGAGGGACAAUAGACCCAAAGGAGCCGUCCACCUAUGAAUAUGUGAGAUUUAUAGGAAACUUUAAAUCUUUAAACAGUGUAUCAACUUCAACACAUAAUGGUUUUGAAGGAACUAUACAACGCACACAUAGGCCUUCUUAUGAAGAUAGAGUUUGUUUCGUAGCUACUGUCAGAUUAGCUACACCUCAGUUCAUCAAGGAAAUGUGUACUGUUGAAGAACCAAAUGAAGAGUUUACAUCUAGACACAGUUUAGAAUGGAAGUUUCUAUUUUUAGAUCACAGGGCACCACCAAUAAUAGGCUAUUUGCCAUUUGAAGUCUUGGGAACAUCAGGCUAUGAUUACUAUCAUGUGGAUGACCUAGAAAAUCUGGCAAAAUGUCAUGAGCACUUAAUGCAAUAUGGAAAAGGCAAAUCGUGUUACUAUAGGUUCCUGACCAAAGGACAGCAGUGGAUUUGGCUUCAGACUCAUUAUUACAUUACUUACCAUCAGUGGAAUUCAAGGCCAGAGUUCAUUGUUUGUACUCACACUGUAGUAAGUUAUGCAGAAGUUAGGGCUGAAAGACGGCGAGAACUUGGCAUUGAAGAGUCUCUUCCUGAGACAGCUGCUGACAAAAGCCAAGAUUCUGGGUCUGACAAUCGUAUCAACACAGUGAGUCUGAAGGAAGCACUGGAAAGGUUUGAUCACAGCCCAACUCCUUCUGCCUCCUCUAGAAGCUCCAGAAAGUCAUCUCACACAGCAGUCUCAGACCCUUCCUCCACACCGACAAAGAUCCCUACUGAUACUAGCACUCCUCCCAGACAGCAUUUGCCAACUCAUGAAAAGAUGACACAGCGGAGGUCAUCCUUCAGCAGUCAGUCCAUAAACUCCCAGUCAGUUGGUCCAUCAUUAACACAGCCAGCGAUGUCUCAAGCUGCAAAUUUACCAAUUCCACAAGGCAUGUCACAGUUUCAGUUUUCAGCUCAGUUAGGAGCCAUGCAGCAUCUAAAAGACCAGCUAGAGCAGCGGACACGGAUGAUAGAGGCAAAUAUUCAUCGGCAGCAAGAAGAACUAAGGAAGAUUCAGGAGCAACUUCAGAUGGUCCAUGGUCAAGGGCUACAGAUGUUUUUGCAGCAAUCAAACCCUGGUUUGAAUUUUGGUUCUGUUCAACUUUCCUCUGGAAAUUCUAAUGUCCAACAACUGACACCUAUAAAUAUGCAAGGCCAAGUUGUCCCUGCUAACCAGAUUCAGAGUGGAAUGAAUGCUGGACAUAUCAGCACAGGCCAGCACAUGAUACAGCAACAGACUUUACAAAGUACAUCAACUCAGCAGAGUCAACAGAGUGUAAUGAGUGGACACAGUCAGCAAACGUCUCUCCCAAAUCAGACACCGAGCACGCUUACAGCCCCACUGUACAACACGAUGGUGAUUUCUCAGCCCGCGGCUGGGAGCAUGGUCCAGAUUCCAUCCAGUAUGCCACAGAACAGUACCCAGAGUGCUACAGUCACUACGUUCACUCAGGACAGACAGAUAAGAUUUUCUCAAGGUCAGCAACUUGUGACCAAAUUAGUGACUGCUCCUGUAGCUUGUGGGGCCGUCAUGGUACCAAGUACCAUGCUUAUGGGUCAGGUGGUGACUGCCUAUCCUACCUUUGCCACACAACAGCAGCAGGCACAGACGUUAUCAGUAACACAACAGCAGCAGCAGCAGCAGCAACCACAGCAGCAACCACAGCAACAGCAGCAACAACAGCAGAGUUCCCAGGAACAGCAGCUGCCUUCAGUUCAGCAGGCAGCUCAGGCCCAGCUGGGCCAGCCACCACAGCAGUUCUUACAGACGUCUAGGUUGCUCCAUGGGAAUCCUUCGACACAGCUCAUCCUCUCUGCUGCCUUUCCACUACAACAGAGCACUUUCCCUCCUUCGCACCACCAGCAACACCAGCCUCAGCAGCAGCAGCAGCAGCAGCUUCCUCGGCACAGGACUGACAGCAUGACCGACCCUUCCAAGGUCCAGCCACAGUAGCACACACACUUGCUCUCUGACACGAGAGAGGAAGCGGAUGGCCAGAAAGAACCACUCAGUUGGCAUGCGGUCAGAAGGUGAACAGUUUCCUGAGGGUGGUCUUGAGUGUUCAGUUCCUUGAGGAGACGGUAGGGAAGUGCUGCCCAGUGCUUCAGAUGUCCUUUAAAUACCAGCCAGUGGGAAAUGGUCACAGGGACACAGCCAAUUCUGACAGUUUCUUUGCCCAGGUGUUUUUUGAUAGAAAGAGUAUAUUGCCAAAUGCUAACCAGCUCAGCUAUCAACCAGAUCUUUACUGAAUCAGAAGAGCACUAACAAUGUUGGUAGCUUUAGUGGGUCUGUGCCUGCAUCAAAUAUUACAGAGGGCACACCACUGCAGGGGUUUGCUUAGAAUGCCAUGAAGAUAGUCCAGUAGUUAGUAGUCCCCACCCCAAACUCCUCUCCCUGAUGAGAUACUGAGGGAACCGUGAUUCCUUUGAGAAUGUUGUGCAGUUGUGAAUUCACUGUAUACAGAUGCUGUAGAGAUGUCUGUGUCUGGAUGGAGGAGAGAAAGCCACUUUGAUACAGAAAGCAUUAUCUGUCCCUCACAAGUAUGAGUGCAUUUCAUUAGGUCUGACACCAUGGACAAACUGAUAACAACCUCUCUUUUUUCAUUUUGUUUACAACACAGUAGUGUUCUAGUUACUUUUCCAGGGCACAAGUCUUUUUGUUCGUGCUUUGGCUGUGAUGUCACAGUUUGUUCAGUGAGGUAAUAAUGUGCUGCUGGGAAUGGAUUUUUUUUAAGGUUAAAUUAUUGCUACAUUUCCACUUACUCAGAAAUAUCCUUUAUUUCAUUAUUUUUCAAUUAUGUUUGAGAGAAUUGCACUGCUUUAUUAUUUUAGAUGGUUUGUUGAGAGUUUGAUCACAUAUUUUGAUAUAUUUCAUAGUUGGAAUAUUUAUGUAAAUGGUUUUCAACAAGCCUGAAAGUAAUUUCAAGAAUGUUUUCAGUUGUAAGAGUAAAGUUUGCACACAAAACAUUUUAGGCACUUUUUUAACAUUCUCAGAGGUGGGAAUUUUAACUUUUAGGAUUUGUUGGAAUCUUUUUAUUAUCCUUAAAUUUUUCAAUGCUUCUUUUAGUCAGAAAUGAUUCAGGGUUAUUUGAGGGGAAAAAACCCAUAGUGCCUUGAUUUUAAUUCAGGUGAUAACUCACCAUCUUGAAUUCAUUGUCUGGUUUCAGUAGCAGUUUUGAAACCUUAGUACAUUUUUAGCAGCAUGUGGAUCGCAGUGUCAUUCUCAAGUUCCCAUGAAGACUGCUACGUCUCUUGGACCUGCCCUAACAGUAUCACAGCUGGGGAUGUGAUCCCAAAGUCAUUUCCUGUUUGCAUCUUCCUUUAAAGCUAAGUAAUUCUUUCAGGAAUUACCAGUAAAUACUUGCUAAGAGACAAGUUGUCUUUAAUUUCCAUUGCAGCACUAGAAUAAUGUAACUCACAUGCUUUUUAAACAUUCACUAAGAUUUCAUUUGGCAAUAUCAUUCUCUAUAGGUAAUAAACUCCAACAAAGCUAUAUACAUUUUAAAAGGCAUUUUUUUAGAUUUUAUGGUACUAAUAAUGAGUUUUUCAAUUAUAGAACAGAAGAUCAGUAGGAUAUAGAAUUUCAAGUAUUACUGAGACAAGGGAGGGUAAGUGUGGCACAUUAGAAUUGACCUUAAAAGGAAAGUGUGUGAUGGUGAGGUGCUAAACUGAUUUCAGCAGUGCAGAUAGCCUAAGGCAGAGUUGCCAGACAAGGGCUCUGGGGAACUGAGUCAGCCGUCUGUCUCCAGCUUUGCUCUCAGCAGUGUGUCUUUGUUGUCCUGUUUACCUGACUGCAAUUAAGUUAGCAAGUUAGUGAUGAAAAAGAAAACAACCAAAGAAAAUUGGUACCUAUUCUUCUGCAAAAGAAGUAUGUCUAGAUACCAGUCAGUAACUCACAUAUCACAGAGGUCUUCUAGCUGACAUUCAUACGAAUACCAGAAAUAGUUGUGAGAAUACACAUUCAUGCAAGUUUGUACACACGUGAUGAAAUCGAUGUAAGUAGAGCACCCACAUUGCUUUUCUCCCUUCCACAUUGCCUUCUUAUCUUUCGCCAUUCCACAUCCUGGAGUUGUGCCUCAUUUAUCUUUUUGCAUUACAUAGUGAUAAGAAUUUAGCUACAGGAGAUACAACACGCUAGUUACAUAAUUCCUGUUGUUCUUCACAGUUCAUCUCCCUGCUUAAAAGUAGUAGUUGAUAAGGAGCCCUAGCUGCUAAGGCUGCUGUCCACACUGGGAUGCAUGCUGGGCAACAGUUGUCAGCACCAGCUGCCUCUUAGCUCCUUAAGUCUUGGUUCCUUUGGAUGGCAAACUGUCUUUGUCUGCUCCCCACAUGACCCCAGUAUUCUGAAGAAAGUUCAUCUUUUGCCUGUUCAUUUCUGUAGCCAAAGCUGACUGAAACCCCAAAUCUAAAUCAUGAAAAGAUACCAAAAAGAAACACUUCUCAGCUUCUUAGAAACCUUAACUUCUCUUGCUCUAUUUCAUGGAUUUGAUUUUCUUUGAAAUUUUUGAUUCUGGGCAGCGCUUUUUAAUUAAGAAAUUGUUAGGUGAAGGUCAGACAGGUUCUCAUUGCCCUGCAGGUACCUUGCUCGGGACUGCGUCUGUAUGGGGUGACUUGGCGUUGCUGACACAGGAUUAGAACAGUAAACACAAAGCUGCCCUUGAGGCUGGUGUCAAACCAGAACCUCGAUAUUGAAAGUAUGGAGUCCUUUUUCCUUCCUUAGAGACAGGACUAUGGGAGGAAAGCCACUGUGGUAGGUGGGCUUGCUUACAAAUGAGCACCAAGACCCUUCCCCAAGCUCUGUCCUAAGGGUAGCAUUUAGAGUGCUGUGUUCUGCUGUCACAUAGACAUGGCUUAGGGAUGUACUACUAAUGAAAGAAUGCCAGUGCUUUUGAAUAGUUGUGAUAGCAAACUCCAGGCUAACUGUGUGAAUUCUGUGUGCUGUAUAGUAGUUGGUCAUUGCCUUAAAGCAGUCUCUUGGAAGUUGAGAGCACUGAAGCAGUCCAGCCAUAUAUGGGCAUCACGUUGAGGGAGAUGAGCCUUGUUCAAGCCUUAGAAAGGACCCUUAGUCUACACAGGUAGAUUCUUUUCACUUGGAUAUUACUGUGUUUAAAAUGUUUCCACUAUGUUGAGGCAAUUUUUUAAAAGUGGAACACAGAUAGGAUUUUUAGUAUUUUUGUUUGUUUGUUUCUUUGGUGAUUAAAGGUUUGUUGGUAGACAUUUGUGUAAAAGUUGUUCAAGCCUAUCAUCUUUCCAGUACCUGUGGUCCUGUUCUUAGUACCAGAGUCCACAAUGGAAAGUAUAAACACUGGAUAUUAAUAUUGCUGAGGGUGCAUAGCCAGGUGUGAGCUGACUGGAACUUCUCAGUGGUGAAGAAACAGCACAACGGCACUUGCCAUUUUCAUAGUGAUUGCAUAAAGAGACCUUCUAAGUUUGUCUGGAUUGAGUGAACACUCUUCUAAGAGGAGCUUCUCAAGUAAAUGCAAAGGAAAAGAGUUGACUAUUUUUAUAGCAUAUUUAAUAUAUUUGUAUAUAAGUAUGAGUGUAGUAGGAACCCUCCACAUGCCUCCCACUUUUCUAAUUCCCUCCCCUUUUGCCGUAGCCCUAGUCCAGCCUCAUCCGCAUGGGUAAUGUGCCUAUUGUCAGCCUACCUACCAAAAGAUAGUGCUGCUGCUUUCUGAGACAGGUGAGAUCAGACUCUCAUGCCUGGGGAUCCUUUAUGGGAGGAAUAGCACACACUUAGAACAACAUACCACAGUUUAAGAGCAUCAUUUUGAAAGGUAAUAAGCACUUUAUUGCAAUUAUUCAUUUAGAUAAAGUUUGUAUCUUAGGCAUUAACCAUUUUUAAAGGAUCCCCUAAUCAUCACUUAGGUGAAAUUAUAAAUGACACAUUUCUGAGAAAUGUUUAGAUCCAGUGAACCGUAGCAGGUUUAUGGGAAUGAUUUCAAGGUAGCCAAAUAAACUGACUUUUGUUUUGAAUGUGGUGGAGUCAGAAGAUUGUAGAUGUGUAGUUUGAUUUAAACACUAUUGUAAACCUAUCUUGCCUAUUGUGUGGACACCAAAAGAGACCAAUGAGCCUGUUUAUUUUCAGAGGUCUAGGAAUAUGCAUCUGUCUGAGUAAGAUAUACAGAACUAAUCUAUAAACGGUUGGUAGUAAUAUUUUAGGAUACAGUAAUUUCAAGAAUUAUUGAGUGUUUUAAAUGUGCCCUGAAAUGUUGGCAUGUCAUUUCAGCGUUCCCAUUUGAGUUGCUCUUGUAAUAUUUUUGCACAAAAAGGACUGAGAAAAGACUGCUUUGGUUGAAGAAAACUAUAAUUUGGUCUUAUUUUAAUGUCUCCCGUGGAAACACGGGAGGUAAAUUUGUUGGCAUAGAUACUAAUUCAGGAUAUUUACAACAGUGUUGAACAGCUCAUCAGAAAUUAAGCAAACUUAUAUAUUUAAAAAUUAAAAUUCUUUUUUUCCAUGUGACUGUUUUGCAUAUUUUUUUCCGUUGUCAUACCACUACAUUCCUUGUUUUUUUCUGAAAUAAUUUGUGAAAGAUUUGAGUAUUCAACAAUACUUUUUAAGAUGUCUGGGUAUUCCCAGGAAAAUGUCCUAGUGAAAUAAGUUAUAGUUGUAUAUAGUUUAUGGAGACUAUUGAGAUUCCAUCAACACCACCAGCAAAUACUGAGGUGCUGAGCCAAGCGACAAUCACAAUAGUAAGUAUUUACAGGACUUAGGGAGAGGCUGCAAGGAACACUUGUUCCCAAAGCAGUUCUCUGGGUUUUCUAAAUAAAAUGACUGUGUAUUUAUAUUUGUAUCUCUACAUUGUGUAGUUAGUGAUUUGGUCUCCUGUAUUUAAUUUAUUGCAUCAUUUUCUUGUCCUUGGAGAACUUGUUCUUGUUUGGGGCAGUCACUAUCCCACCCUCUAGUGACUCUCCACUGACAGAUCAAGAUCAUUGGGAUCCAUUGUGCAUCAGGAUGGUGGUGGAGGGUGAACCUGAAUGUCCCUGCACUUCCCUCCUGCUCUGAACUCAUUUAAGGAAAGAACAUUAAAAGCUAACUCCUUUUAGCUCUGGUCACAUAGUGUCACAUGUUGCCUUCUCCGAUUCAUGGGCACGUUUUAUACAUUCGUUUCCCCAACACAGUCAAAAGGCCAGUAAGACAGAACCAUAGGCACAUGUUGCCUCUGUUUUUGCCCAUUUGGGGAAAUGCUAGCAAAGUAAUAUCUAUUAAUGACUGUCAUCAUUACAUCAAUAUAUAGAAGUCACUGUAUGCACACUGAAUACUUUGAAAAGCUGGCUGUCUUUUAGAUCCUCCAUAGUCCAGUGAAGUGGUGCUUGAACAUAGGAAGCCUACUGUGUGAGGGUCCUUCCUGCUCACAUGACCAAACUGGGAUGGAGUCCCACAGUCAGGGUCUAACACACACAGGGAUCCCCUGGAGAACAGUUAUUAAAAUACUGUCAGACACAAAAUGGGUUUAAUUACUUAAGAGGCAUUUACCUCUGAGGGGCAUAAAUUCAAAAUAUGCCAUGUUUAGAUGUUUGCUUUUAAAUCAGUGAAAACAAACUGUGACAUCGCUGUAAGAAAUGACAUUCCAAGUGUUUUGAGCUGACAUUUACUGCUGACGGUGGUUUGAAGGGUACUACAAA